AUGAAACCUCUAACUCCCCAGCUUCUUUUCGAAUGCCGUAAUUGCAAGCUAAAAUUCGAAAACCCAGAACAGCUUGCAAACCACACAUCUAAAUUCUGUAAAGAUUCUGACUAUGGCUCUCCCAGCAAAAUUAAGCAGAAACUUGAAGAGUCAAGACUCAGCAAAAAUUCUUUAUAUGCAGACUCUGUCCCAAAUAUAGACGAAGUAAAAUCCUAUUUAAGAGAUGAUAUUAGAGCAAAAAGAGCUGACGAAAUUGGCUCUACCACAUUAGAAGAGCUUAGAGGCAGAGUUCGCAAUAAUGAACGACAAUUUGAAAAAGUCGCAGAUCAUAUAUAGGAAUUUACCUUGAAUAGCCAAUUAAAAAUAAAUAAGCCCCAGACUAUCAUAAAAAUGUAUAAUGUCACAAAAAGAACAAGACUUAAAAAACGACAUUCUUAAGCUGAGAUUUGAAAAAAUAGAAAACCAAGCCAAAAGGCAGAUUGACGAAACCAUUUAUUCUGAUGUCAUGAAUGAGCUAGAAGGCAAAAGAAAUAGAGAAAUCAGGGCUAAAGCAGACAAAGACCAGAUUUCUUGAGCGAUAAGGGAUUAUGAUAGAAAAAAUCUAGGCACAGGGGAUGCAGGAAAAAGAAAUAAUUUAUUGAAAUUAGAAGAAGACAGAGAAAAUCUGAGGGUAAAAGAAAACGACCUUUGACAAGAAAUUGAGAAUUUUCAAAGGAAAAUGGUAGACGACGAAAGGCUGUGACAAGCUGAAAAAGACAGGCUAAGUUUAGAAAAUAGAGGAGAAAGUGUAAAAAUCAACAUGGAAUUAAUGCAGAAAAAACAAAUGGAGAUGGCAAGGGCAAGAGCAAUCCAGCUACAGCAGUUAAGUAAGAAAAAACAGAUGAUUGAUUUAGAAAGGGAUAGAAUUAUGGACGACUUAAACCAAAUAAAAAAAGGGGAUUAUGGCACUAUCAGGAAAAAUUCUGCAGGGAAACUGGUUGCUAGCACAAUAAUAGGGACUCCUCUGGCUUCAGCAGACAGAAAAAAUAUUCCGAACAAUUUAUUAAAAUUAAAUGAUAAAUGGCAAGAGGACUAUGAAAGGUUAAAUCAGCUGAAAAAGGAUCAUGAAGAUUUUAUUCAGAAGGAUCAAGCAAAACCAUUUGAUUUUGCUGCAUUAGAAGGGAAGAAUAAAUACUCACGAGAAAAUUCAGCUAAAAGCAUCACAAGUCCAAGAAUUGUCCAGCCAGUUGUUCCAUACCAGAGGCCUAUGAUUCCAAAUUUUGGAGGCAAUGAUCUGCAGUAUCCAUAUGUCAACAAUAUGCCAAGGAAUAACCAAUAUAACCCAUAUCAGCCUGGAUAUCCAAACUACCCUCCAAGCAACCCUUAUAUGUCUCCUCCAUAUCCACCACCAGGCAACCCUUAUUUUCCUCAACCAAGUAAUCAAUUUACCUCUCCCACCAUGACUUCUCCAGCAGAAGACAAAGCUAUGACAUCACUCAAAAAAGAACUAAAAAAAAUCAAAAAAAAGCUUAACAGCAAAGACCAUGACGAAUUUUACACAGGAAUGCAAAAUGCUAUAAACGAGUUUCAAAACAGAAUUAACACCCUAGAAAGAGCUCCAGGAAAUAACGAAGUGCAGUCAGAAGACUUAUUACCAGAAGAAAGGGCGUUAAAUAAUGUAAUAAACCAAGAACACUCUGAGCUAAAACUGCUAUCGGCGCUGCCAAAGAAUUCUGAGCUUUAUCAAGCUAAAUUGGAGCACUAUAAAGAAAUGUCACAAAUAAGGGCAAGAAUGGAAGCCAUGCUACAAGAACUGUCAAUGGAAAGAAUGAAAAAGAACUUUGAUAGAGAAAUGGAGCUGAAAGAAAGGAAAUUGAUGAAUGAUAAAUGGCUUGAAGAACAGAAACGAGGAGUUAUCAUGAAUAAGCUUGGGAUUCCUAUGGACCAAAGAGAUUUCGGCCCUACAAAACAGUAUCCCAAUGAUAAUUUAGAUAGAAAUCCGCCUCCUUUUAUGAGGUCUAAAAUGGAUCUUGACGAGUCUAUGAAUGAGCCUAAUAAAGCUCCUUUUAACCCUCAGCCACAGUCUAGAAACACUCGUCCUCGCUCUCUAGGCACCGCUGGCUCAGUCCUAAACCCAAUUUCAAACCAUGGCUUUGCUGUAAGACUUGAAAAUUUAUUAAAUUUCCUAUCAAAAUCCCACCUGAAAUUCCAAGUCACCAUUCAAGAAGACGAAAAAGUCGCAAAAGAUUCCAACGGGAACGACUGUAGAUGGUCCAGCGAAAUCGUCAAUGCACUGGCUGACGACCCUUCCCCAAGUCCUAGUAUUGGGAAUAAAAGAAUUCCAGGGACCAAAAUCUGGGCUGACAAAAGUAAGUUAAAAGCAAGCGAUAUCAAUAAUAAUGCCAUGCAAAAUGCAGCGUUAAGAAAUCCUGCUGAUAAAGGACAUAAUAUUAUAGAAAUCAAUAAGGAGACCCAAUUUAUGAAUAAUUUCUAUAUAAUGCUUGAGCAAGCUGAUUGGCAAAUGAGCUAUUAUUUGGUAGUAGAAAUUUUUGAAAGGGUAAACCAAGGACUUCUGCAUGGCCAGAACCAGAAUUUCAAGCCAACUGGUCCAGAUAACUUUUUACCUGUAGCAUGGACAGUUUUCCAAUUGACAAAUUCUGAUAGUCGGGCACUUAAUUUUGGUACAAUUGAGCUGAAUUUGUACCAUUACCCAGUAGCUGUCCCUCUAUACGACCCAGCUUUGCUUCGCCAAAAAGAAGGGACCUUAAAGCUAACCGUCUUUGAGCCUACCACAACUCGGCUAGACACAAACUCCCGCGCUCAGUCCUUAGGCUCUGUCCAUCGGCCAGGGUCUCUUGCCUCAUUUAAGCCUCCUCAAAAAAUCGAGCCAUUUCUAGAAAAUCAGACACCUCAGCUUACCGAUAUCCGGUACUUCGACAAAGGUGACGGUGUCGAUUUCUACGUAGACGGAGCCAGAUUUUUCCCUGACAAUAUCAGCUGUUCAAAAAUAAUAGUCAAAGCUUUUACCUCAAACCUAGAAAAAGUGGAAAAGCCUGUAGGUGGGCUGCCUGAUUUGAAUUCUUCAGCAUAUUCUCCAAGCUAUUGUUUUAGGACAGAAUUCCGCAAACAAAUUUUUGACCCUACGACGACCAUUGUGAUUUCUAUAUUGACAAUUGAUACACAGCAUAGCGAAGUGAGGGUUUUAGGCUAUGCAGCAAUUAAUAUGUUUAUUAAUAAGUUUAGGAGAGAUCAGCCUGAUAACCCAAAUGAGCAGGAUUUUAUAUUAAAUAAAGGCCAUUUUCAGAUACCUAUUUAUUGUCAGGAACCAUAUAGAAAGCCACCUUUUGGGAUUUCUGCGUUUAGAAAGCUGGAGAUAAUACCGUGUGCUACUUUACUUGUGAGGAUAAGAGAAGCGCCAAAAGCAGAUAGCGGCCUAAGAGUCCUGAGCACAAAAGAUGUGCUGCCCAAUGAAUGAUAUUCUCGAGGACUCGUGGUUCCACCUCCAAGAUAUGAAGAAAGGAUCUAUAAUACCUCAGAGUGCAUGCCUACAACGAUUGAAAGAUACUUAUAUGAAGAAAGAGUCAAUAGAAGAGAUAUCACAGUCAGGGACGCCACUGCACAGACACAAAACCAAAUGGGAAUCAGACUAGACCAAACAGAUGAUGAAAUGCUAGAAUGAAUUGACCAGAAAUUGCAAGUGACACCAAGGACCCCUAUGAUUGAUAUGAAAUAUUUUGCAAAGUAUCUACCAAAAAUGGGGUUCAAGUUCUCUGUGGACGCUAUUCACAAUAUUCCUACAGAGUCUCCACAUGUGGCUGUAUUUUGCUUAAACCCUCCUGGUGCUCUAUACUCAAAUACUGUAAUUACCCAAGAUGUGAAUUUCACUAUAAAAGUUGAUUGGAAUAGCUCUAUAACGACCCCGAGAUUUUUGGACGGUUUCCACAACUAUAGAAAUGUUUUAUUUGAUAGAAACAUGCAUAUUAUUAUAGAUAUCAGAGCAGUCAGCUUUGCUAAAUCCCCCUCCCGUGAACUAGCAAAACCAUUAUUGGAAAAAUCCCUAUUUUUUGGGUAAAAUCACCCUCCAUGAGUGAACAAAAAAAAUUUUUUAUAUAUAAGUAAUAAUUAUUAUAACAAAUCUCUAGCUAAUUCUGUUUAAUUUUAAACAGCUUGCAUUUUAAAUAUUUGCUUUAAAAUCAUCGAAUUGGGAUUUUUUAAAUUUAAAAAAAAAAUCUAUAUAAAAAUCUCGAUACAUUUUUUUUUUAAAAAAAAGGCCCUAUCGUGAGCGAACAAAAAUUUUAUUCGCUCACAGUUGGGGUAAGCAGAAACCAGAGGUUGUUGAUGUAGGCUGGACUAUAUUACCCGUUUUUUCAGAAGAUGGGUACAUUAAUUCAGGGAUUUAUCAGCUGCCUUUAUUCAAAGGAUCGGUGCCUGCUCCUUUUAUGUCGGAGCUGACUAAUAAUAGUCCUUGGGAGCAUUUAAUGAGGGCAGCACAACGGUCAGGAGGGCCUCAAUAUUUGGACCCUGUUUCUGUAAUAGUAAGGCUAGUGGAUUCUCAGAGAGAUGGGCAUUUUAUGAUGCCAAUGGAGACACAAAGGAUGAAUUAUGAUUAUGUCCCUGAGUCGCUAAGAGGUAAAAUGUCUUAUAAUGCAGCUGCAGAAGAAAUGAACAUGCACACAAGAAGGCUUAAGGCAAUGAUACCUGGAAACUACACAAGUGAGCAUUUCUUGAGGAAAAUCAACGAAACAAUUGCAGACGUAAGUGGUAUUUUAGCAUUUGGGAUUAUCCCAUGCGGCUUCUUAA